GGCAAUCAGCUGUGUUGAACACAUCAAUCCGCGGCACAAAUAUAAUCCCACCAGCUUCGAUUGUUCAAAAAUAACUUUGUCAUUUUAGAGACAGUAUGUCCGAUCCUCGAAAUGCUGGAGUGUUUUCUUGGGACUACAUUCGCGACGCGCGACCCAUCUUCGAAAGCUCAAACACCACAGUUUUCUCCUCAGAGUGCUCGAGUAAGCAUCUGCUGAAAAUGGAUCUUAAUUCGAGCGGUGAAAGCUGGGACCUGGAGGACGAUACUACAGGUGAAAAGAACUCGAGACCACAGCACGCCAGGUGGCGACGGGAGGAAUGAGUAUUGUGUGUUUCAGGGUCCGAUGACAGCAGCAAUGAGAACGAGAGUCCUGACAGCAGCGACAGCAGCCCCGAGAAGAGCAAGGGACGGAUCAAGAGAAGAGGUCGCCGGCGAAGCGCCUCACCGAUCAUCCCACUGAGUGACCCACAAGAGGGGGACAUCGUUUGGGCCAAAGUCAAGAAUUACCGCUGGUGGCCAGGUGAGGAUUUGGUUGUUCUUCCCUUAUCCUACCCACCCACCAACCUUAAGCUCACCUAUACACCCUACACCAAGUGUGAACAGAAACAGGGAAGUCUGAAGUGAAACCCAAAUAUGGUCUGUAUUUUGACAAAUUGCCUUUUUUGAGGUCGUCAUUGAAAUAUAAUUGGGACUUCCCUGGAAAGUGAAAGUUUAUGUCUAAUCUAACUGGUAUCCUCAAAAGAGAUCUACCCUUUUUCAAGAGUUCUGUACAUUAUUAUUCAUGCAUUCUGGUUUCAUCAUCUUAUUUAGCUAUGGUGGUAAAUAAAGAAGAUUGCGGUAAAUUAGCAUUCACACAACGAGGGAUACAAUCAUGUCAUUUUGUAUAUUGGUUUGGAGAUGAAAGAGUAUCAUCGAUUGCAAUGUCCAAUUUAGUGGACUUUAAGAAAGGCUUUCGUCGAUUUAUAACACCCCGUGGGAGCAAAAGCUUUCGAAGUGGUGUUUAUCUAGCUAUUAAAGAAAUUAGAAAGUCCCUGCUCUUGGAUACCGAUGACUACGAUGUCACAAGAGCUUUGGACUGGGCUGAGAAUGGGUUCCCUCUUCCAAAAGAAUGUUGUGAUAUACAGAUUAAUGACACAGUCUCCCAACAUGUCCAAAAUAAAUUGAAAAUAUUAAGGGGGAAAUAUGAAGAGAAUGAAGAAGAGGAUGACGAAGAUGAACCUGAGGACUCCACAGUUGAAAUAGUAAUAUCUGCCGAGGAAGAGGAUAUGAUUUACUCAGUUCGAGAAGGAACCGUAAAUUUGGAUGACAUUUGUUUGGCAUGUCUUUCUCAAGAAAAUGAACUCAGGGAACAUCCGUUUUUUCAUGGCAGUAUAUGUAGUCCAUGUAUGGUAAAGUUACUUGAUUAUUCUUUCUCAAUAGGCUUGGACAUGAUUGCAUUUCAUUGUAGCAUUUGCAUGAACUCUGGUGAGAUGAUGGUGUGCAGCCAGCCCUUCUGCUACAGAGCUUUCUGUUCUAAAUGCAUCAUAUUGAAGGCAACACUGGGUGUUAUAGACUGUAUUCGAGAAGCUGACCCAUGGUCAUGCUUCAUGUGCACACCAUUCACAUCGGAAAUGCAUGGCCUCUUGGAACCCCGCUCUGCUGUUUGGAAGGAAAAUAUGAGGGAGGCAUUUCAUUCGGGAAUGACAAACAUUAAAAAGCUGAAGGAAAUAUCUCUUCGAAUCUUGUGUCUGGAUGGAUCUUGUAACAGUGUUUUGGCAAUUCUCUCCAUUCUGAAGAAAUUGGGUGCAAAUAUAGACACUUUGUUUUUGUGUAAUUUCAAUGGCAAUGAAUUGGAAAGACUUGAUCCUAUUUUGCAAGAUUGCACACAUCCAAUCAAAUCAAUUCAUGAAUAUGAAGAGUAUGAAGAAUUAUCCAGUCUUGGACCAAUCCACAUUCUGAUAGCUUCACCUGAAGAUGGCGAGAAGGAGUCCUUUGGGAGCAAGUUCUUCUCUUUCCACAAUAUUCUUUCCAUGCUUAACAUCCUGAACCAAACUUGUGAUCAACCCCAACUUCCCUUGAUGUGGAUCUUUGAAAUGGCCCCUGCAUAUUGGGAAGACUAUGUGAUACUGAUAUCAAGGUAUCUACAAUUAGAUCCUGCUGCCUGGUCAGAAAAAGCAAAUCGGUCAAAAGAUGAACAUUUGGUCUGGACUAAUAUUCCAGCAAUGUGGUCUUUCCUGGAAGAUGCAACAACACUGCAAAAGAAGUACCAGCCUGAGGCAAGGAACAAAAAGCUGUACAGAAUGGAAAACUAUGAUUAGAGCAGGGUUGCUGAAGAAAACCAACGCUUAAUAUGGUGAAAGGAAGGCAUUUCAUGGUUAGUUGUUUGUAGCUUGAAUCAGAGAAAAGUAAUAUCUUGUUUCCUUUCAAAUUUUUUAUAAACA